UGCUUUCGACAACUGACGUCACAUGAACACGGAAUUAUGGGACUGUCGUCUGUUGUACUGAUACGCUACAUACUAAACGAUACUCGGACAGCUAGGCGUUUCCAGUUUCCGUGGUUGCAUUACUUUCAUAGUUAUCCCGGUGACAGUUUGUGAAUAUUUUGGACAGCAUUAUAAGUUUGGAACCUUUGAAAGGGUUUUCAGCUGCUUGACGAGGCAGCUGCAGGUCAGCUGCGCUAAUCGGCUAAGCAAUGAAGUUUUGAACCUUCCUUUAUGUUCUGGCCCUCAUAAGGGAUUGUUUUGAUUCAUUCGGGAGCAUUAACGACGUUUUUCGAAAUGACUAUUAUAGUUUUUCUCAUAGACACCUCUGCUUCUAUGAAUCAGAGGGUUUAUUUGGGUAGACGCCCAACGCUGCUAGACGUUGCGAAAGAAGCUGUUGAAACGUUCGUAAAGGUACGUCAAAGAUCCCCGGAAAGUAGAGGCGACAGGUACAUGUUACUAACAUUCGAAGAUCCGCCCGCUCACAUAAAGGCUGGUUGGAAAGAAAACCUUGCUACAUUUAUGAAUGAGCUAAAGAAUUUGCAGUGUGUAGGUAUGACAACAAUGGGUGCAGCAUUAAAACACACAUUUGAUGUUUUAAACAUCAAUCGCAUGCAAACUGGAAUUGAUACUUAUGGACAAGGUCGUUGUCCCUUUUACUUGGAGCCAUCUGUAAUUGUUGUUAUUACAGAUGGUGGAAAAUUAUCUACCAGCACUGCUGUUCAGGAAGAUUUUAACUUGCCAAUGCAUUCACCAAUUCCUGGGUCUGAGUUAACAAGAGAGCCAUUCCGUUGGGACCAGCGUUUGUUUUCUCUGGUUCUUCGUUUAGCAGGGACUCCUUCAAUUGGUCGUGACAUAGGGCAUGUACCAAAUGAUACAUCUCCAAUUGAUGCAAUGUGUGAAGUAACCGGAGGACGCUCUUACUCGAUCACAUCUCACAGAAUGUUAAUGCAAUGCAUUGAUAGUUUGGUUCAAAAAGUGCAGAGUGGUGUGGUGAUCAAUUUUGAGAAAAUUGGGCCAGAUCCAUUACCUAUCAAUGUUGAAGGUAAGGAUAACACUGAUGGAUUGAUAAUAGACGAGAGUGAAAAAAGUGGUGAAAGGGAGUGGGACAAAGAAUUUCAGCAAACUGAAGAUGAUGGUAUUAAAAACGGGUCUCGUCUUCCUAAUGGAACCACUGCUCUGAAUAACAAUACAGCAUGGCAUUCCUGUAGAAGAUUAAUUUACGUUCCAAGAUCUGCUCAAAAAGGUUUUGCUGUUGGAUUCUGGCCUAUUCCAGAAUCAUUUUGGCCAGAUUUAAGUUCAUCAUCAUUGCCUCCAAGAACUGCACACCCUAAUGUAAAGUUUACAUGUACCAGUCAAGAACCUAUGGUUAUUGAGAGUUUGCCAUUUGACAAAUAUGAAUUAGAACCGAGCCCCAUGACUCAGUUCAUUUUGUCUCGUAAGCAGCCUACUACAUGUUGGCAAGUGUUUGUUGCUAAUAGUUAUAAAAAUUCAGAUGUUGGCCAUCCUUUUGGGUAUCUCAAAGCAAGUACAAAUCUCACCUGUGUAAAUUUGUUUGUUAUGCCAUAUAAUUAUCCUGUGCUGAUGCCUUUAUUGGAUGACUUGACCAAAGUGCAUAGGAUGAAACCGACUAAUGAGUGGCGAGCACAGUUUCAAAAUUAUCUUCGAACAAUGCCAUCGUAUUAUGCAGGACCUUUACGGAGAGCUUUGACUCGUAUGGGUGUGAUGGGAACAUUGGCUCAGUCAUUAGUGCCAGAUACACUAGAUAAUUCACUUAGUUACAGUGUUUUGAACUAUUUAAAAAGGCUUAAAAAUCAAGCAAAGAUGGAAUUUGAAAGAUUAUGUUCGGAAGUUGGAAGUAAGAAUGCCAAUAAUAGUGGAGGAAAACCCAAUCAAAAUUCUUCUUCAGUGGUUACUGAUGGUAUUAGAGUGACUGCAAGAUCAACAUUAAAAAAGGAUCUUGUUUCUCACCCGUUAUUGCAAGAUAAAUUUACUUCUCUGCGUGAACAAUUAAAUGAGUUUGGUGGGUUUGUGGUUGGACUUGUGCGUGGUCAGUGUCAAAAAGGACGCCAAAGUUACCGAAACCCGUACGACAUUCCAAGACACUGUCUUCUUGACCAAGUGGUACGGAUGCGAGCUAAUUUUUUGCAGCCUUCUUUAGCUCACACUAAACUUGUAGACGAAGACCAUCUGCAUAGCAUGCCUGUGGGACAAAUGGGUAAUUAUCAAGAGUACUUGAAACGCAUGACACCUCAACUUCGAGAAAUUGAAUCUACACCUGUUCGACAGCAUAUGUUUGGCAACCCAUUCAAGAUUGAUAAGCGAAUGAUGGUGGAUGAGGCUGAUAUUGAGCCGGUAACAGGUUCAAGUGCGGGUCACAGUUCGGGUGGUUCACACCGGGGUUUCAAACGCGGUGCUUCGCACUUGAGUAGUGAUCUUGCCUCGGGACGGCCUCCCAACAAAAGAAAACCAGGACCUAUUCCUAAAGACACGGUUGUGCGUCGACCAUCAUCUCCAUUUCCAUUGUUGCCUCUUACAUCCCCAAGCUCUCCAGGUGUUCCCCCAGUUACCCCUCCCCCUUGGCCAUCAACUGCGUUUUCAGCAGAUCUUGCCCCUCCUGUGCUAUCUCCUGUUGUGUCUGUGCCUGGCCAUCAACCCUCACCUCCUGCUAGCCCUGCUGAUGCUGGAAGGGAUGAACCAGAUAGAGGGGUUGAACCACCUAAAUUGGUUUUAGUUAAUGGAGAUAUAGGUGAUAAUAACAUUCAGGCACUCAAUGGACCUCCUCGAUCACGAUCACCAUCUCCUCCAAAUGAAGUCAUAAGUCAUGUUCUUCCAGAACCAGUGAACAAUCACAUAUCAGACACACAUAGUUCGCCACUCUUCUUACGCCCCUCACCUCCCACAAGUCCUGCAUUAGUUAAUCAUUUUGCUUACUCAACGAAUGAAAGUGAAGACAGGAAAAGUGGUCUAAAUUCAGCAGAAGUGGGCAGUAACCAUGUUGGAACCUUGGGUCAAGUGUCUCUUGUACCUGCCAAACAACUUACCAAGAAAGAACUGGGAGAAAUUAGAAAACACAAUCUUAACAUUCGUGCAAUGGCUUACAAAGAAAUUCGAAGGCCAGGGAAAAACUUCGGGCCUCUCUUCAAUAUAUUGCAGGAUCUUAAAGGCAGUUUAGAGGUACGAGUAGCACUGUUGCGUGAUGUUAUCAAUGAAUCGUUGCGGUUUAAACGGCGUUCUUUGGCUCUGUUGUUAGAGGAAUUUUUAGAAACAAUGAUGUCUACAAACAAUCAUAAUUCAUUGACAUUUAUUAAUCCACCCACAAGUAAUGGACUUUCGAGAUUAUGAUAACAUUAUGUUCCAAAGUGCUGAAUUUGAGUGAAUUUGUUAGGUCAAACUACGCUUGUUUAAUGAAAAUGACGCACAAACUUAACACAGUUGAGUUAAAACUUUUGUUAAAUAUGUUCUGUGUGACCAAACUAUUGUGUCAAGUCAGAAAUUUAUAAAUAGUGAAAUAUUUUGUUGUCAUGUUCCUGUCUGCCCUUUGUGUAGCAGAUAUGUGGAUUUGUAUAUUUUGUCCUGCAUGUCUAUUGACAUGGUACAGGUAACGACGUUACCAAUGUUAGGGUCAUCUUGAGAAGUAGAAGUUUUGUAUUCCAUCGAAAUGUUAGCGGUACAGUGACUGUUGAAAUUAUGCUUGUGCAUUGUUUUAAAGAAUGUAAAAUGAUUUAUUACUGUUUCUUUGUUUUUGUCCUAGCUUCAGUUAUUUGAAGAAUCUGUUCAGAUAAUUAGAUGCUAACAAAUUCUAAGCUUUAAAAAGUUGACAAAAAUACAUUCCUAGGGUUUCUGCCCUUGGAUGCUGUCUACGGGUAAUUGUACAUAAGUUUGCAAAACACUUAAAGUCUCAAUUGAAAAUUGCAAUAAAUUUCUAAACUUAAUGAAACAUUAUCUGGUGAUUCAGCAUUAUAAACAAUCAAAAUAUUAAUGAAUAAUAUUCAUUUAUAGUCACCAACUGAUACUACUGUAAAUUAUUCAAGUACAUAUUUUAAUAAUGAAAUAUUGCAAAGAACAGUGAAGGAUUUCUUAGAAUCAUUUUGGGUUCAGGAUCAACAACACUGUUGCCCCUUUGUAUGUAUAUAGGAAAAUGAUCUUGUAAAAAAUUACUGUAAUUUCUCCAUGAAAAUGAUUUCGAAAUAUAAUUUGUAUAAUAAUGGGUAAUGAAUUGAUCAUUAAUUCCAGUAUAUAGUAAUGGUUCUGUUUUUAAGUUAUUCAAGAUACACAACAAAUUUUAGUUCUGAAGAAGUAUUUUGAUAUACUUUGUAGUCGUUUAAUUCCAAUAUUGAAACAAAGGAGGAACCUGGAGGAAAAUGUAUGAUUUUGAAAAAUUUUAAUGCCCUCUUGCUAAAUCUUUUUCUUUUUUAUUUUACAAUUGAUUUUCACUUAUGAGUAGCUGUUUGCAUUUGAGGCAGUAUGUAGGUACAUAUAUUUUAGGUCACAUUUCAGUUACACUAAGUUUUUAUUUUUUACAUAAUUAUUUUGUGUUCAUUACAAAAUUGUUUUUCAUGAACAUUAGUCUAUGAGAAAUUAUAACUCUUCAUGGGAAAACAUGAGGAUUGGAAUCAAUGAUAACUUCAGCUUGAAUGCAGCAUCCCAGUGUUGAAAAGUAAAUUUCCUCCAUUAUUUUAUUGGAAUCUUCUGGUUGGUGGAAAUGCGUCUUUCAUAGAGGUUUUUGACAGUUUUUAAAUUCUAGAAUUAUAUUGUUCAUUUGACAAGAGUGAAAUUUUAUUUCUUAAGAAAUCUUUAUCAUUUAUCAGUCACUUACUUCUUGCAAAAGUACACUUCAGAUAAAAAGCCAGACGAUAAUUUAAUCCUUAUGAUAUGUAAUUUGAUCUCUGUGAUUAGAAACGCACAUCUGUUUCUUAUUAAUAGCAAUGAGUCAGCAUCAGGGCAAAAUGGUAGUGACUGUGACAAAUUGAUUUCGGAAAGUAAGGUUUAAUUUUACACCGUUUGUAGCUGUCUUCCAUUAAUGUAAGAUUGUUAUUGAAAUUUUGUUACUGAUUGUCCUGUAUGUAAUUAGUUCGUGAAAGUCAGCAAGGCAGAAGAUUGGUUUCAUAUGACCUCUCUUAUUACAUAUUAUGUUAGAUCACUUAUUAUUCUACUGAUAUUGAGAAGUGUUUUGGAAUCCCUAUUUGUAAAUUGCUUAUGAAAAUAACGUACAAAAAAGAUAUGUAUUCGUCUAGCCAUUCAUUAUGCCCGUGUGUGUGUGUGUUCAGUGAUCUUAAAUGUUAGGUAGUUUUGUAUUUAUACUGUAUAUAUUUGUUUUGUAUCAUGUAAAUUUUUAAUUAGUAAUAAUAGUGAAAAUGAAAUACAUUUCAGAUGAUUUUAGAACAUUUUGAACCUCU